UUUGAAAAGAAUUAAUGGUGAAACGUUGAUACACACUAUACACCAACCAGGACUUUAUUUUGAAAGAUCUAUUCGGAAGUUCUGUGGUUUUGCUUUGGCUAAUAUCGGUUUAGCAGUUAGUCUAAGCUCUAAAAUACCUAGCCAGCUACCCGAAGGAGGCUAGUAUUUUUUCUCACAAAACUGGGCGGAUAAUAAGAUGCCUCUUAGAUUAUUUAUACAUAUAUACCACUCUUUUUCCUCAUUAAAUAUUUGUUAUUGACUGUUUGCCUCCUAAGUGCCGUGUUGUGAAGAAAGUGAAGCGGUAUGAAAUAGCGAAAUAUACCGGCUGUAGCAGCAAAGUGUAGCUGGCUAACGGUGCCUGUUAGCUUCGAGAGUACAGCAAGUUCGGCGGCCGGCUAGGAAUCCAUUAACGUGAACGUUACUCUCGAAGCGGCUUCAGACCGCCAGCUGUCGAUCGACCAGUUUCACUCAGUUGCCAUAAUAGGAGGGAAAGUGUGAUUGGUGGCCUAUGAGGAAGCCACGUCGAAAAGGCCAGGUGGCUGAAGGAGGUAGAGCAGAUGUUAAGAAAUCCAAUGGGUCAGUUGGCGGGCGUGGAGGUGGGCGUGGAGGUGGCCGCCAGCGAUCCCCAUCCCCUUACAGCCUCAAAGCAUCUCCAAGCAGAGAGACACUGACCUAUGCCCAGGCCCAGAAGGUGGUUGAGGUGGAACUGGAUGGUAGGCUUCACCGCAUUUCUAUUGUGGAGCCGAUGGAGGUCAUUACUGAAGAUGAGAUGAUGGCUCAGGACAUUAGUGAGCAUAACAGCAACAAGAAGAACAGUGAGCAGUCAUCAUCUCCCACCAGUGGUGCCCAAACAGUCCACAAACCUGUCACACCCCGUGGCCACAGGAAAGACUCUAAAUGCCCCUCUAUCAAGUCACCACCACCUUCUAAAAACCACUGCCCCAAUUCUCAUCCACACACACCUGAAAAAUUAAAUGCACCCCAUCAUCACCAAAUAACCCUUCCUGAACCUAAAUUUCGUGUGAUAGAAACCUUCACUCCAGUCAAGGUACCUCCUCUGCCUACAGCAUAUUAUCGUUACAUUGAGCGUUCAGCUGAGGAGCAGGAAGCUGAGGCAGAAUAUGACAUGGACGAAGAGGACAGCGCCUGGCUAGAGAUGAUCAAUGCUAGCCGGACAUCAGAGGGUUACUCCGCUGUUUCACCAGGCACUUUUGAACUGCUGGUGGACCGACUGGAGGAGGAGGCAUACCGGGAAGCCCGCAGCCGGGUGCCCUCUCAGAACACUGUUGACGAUGAUGCCUUCUGCUGCGUGUGCCUGGAUGAUGAGUGCCUCAACAGCAAUGUUAUCCUCUUCUGUGAUUCCUGCAACCUGGCUGUGCACCAGGAGUGUUACGGGGUUCCCUAUAUCCCUGAAGGCCAGUGGCUGUGUCGCUGCUGCCUUCAGUCCCCUCAGAAACCUGUUGACUGUGUUUUAUGUCCGAACCGUGGCGGUGCCUUCAAGCAAACAAGUGACGGCCGCUGGGCACAUGUGGUCUGCGCUAUCUGGAUCCCUGAGGUCUGUUUUGCCAACACUGUUUUUCUGGAACCAAUUGAAGGGGUCGGUAACAUUCCCCCAGCACGCUGGAAACUGACCUGCUACCUGUGCAAGCAGAAGAGCUGCGGCGCAUCUAUUCAGUGCCACAAGGCCAAUUGUUACACCGCGUUUCACGUCACAUGUGCUCAGCGUGCCGGCCUAUUUAUGAAGAUUGAUCCUGUGCGUGAGACAAAUGUCAACGGGACUAUGUUCUCUGUUAAGAAGACAGCAUUCUGUGAGGCCCAUUCGCCGCAAGGACAAGAAACUGUCUCAGAUGAGGAGAGUGAAGGAAGAGUAGUGGGCAGUAGAGGGAGGGCUAGUAGAGGACGGAGCGCUUACACAGGUCCGACAACACCGAAAAAAGGCACGACAGCACCAAAAAAGGGCAGAAACUCUGAUGUUGAUGCCAAGAUGGAUAAAAAGAAAGGGAAGAAGAACACAGACUCCGCAGCUCAACACACUGCUUCACCACAAGUAACAAUACCUCAGAUACCAACAAGCAGGCUGAAUAUCAUCUGCAAAGGAAUCCUGUUCCAGAAGAAAAGUCAGUUCAUGCAGCGACUGCAUAGCUACUGGUUACUGAAGCGUUAUUCGAGGAAUGGUGUACCGCUGGUCCGCCGAUUGCACUCUAACAUCCAAUCCCAAAGGAAUACUGAAGAGCCUGAGGUGGAUGAGAAGGUUUCUGCAGCAAGAGAAGCACUGAGAUACUGGCAGAAGCUUCGGCAUGACCUUGAAAAAGCCAGGCUACUGGUGGAGCUCAUCCGUAAGAGGGAGAAACUCAAACGAGAACAGGUCAGAGUUCACCAGACAGCUCUAGAGAUGCAGUUGACCCCAGUGUUGAUGUUGCUCCGCUCCACGCUGGACCAACUACAGGAGAAGGACACAGCCCAGAUCUUUGCACAACCAGUCAACAUCAAGGAGGUCCCAGACUACCUGGAGUUCAUCACCCAUCCCAUGGACUUUUCAACUAUGCGCACCAAGCUGGAGAGUCAUGCCUACUGCUCAGUGGCUGACCUGGAGGCUGACUUCAACCUCAUGGUGUCCAACUGCCUCCUCUACAACGCCAAGGACACGGUUUUCCACCGGGCAGCACUACGUCUUCGAGACUUAGGAGGGGCCAUACUGCGCCAUGCACAACGGCAAGCCACCAACACUGGCCUGGACCUGGACAGUGGCAUGCACCUUCCUGAGUCACCACAGAAAAGAGACUUUUACAACUGCACUUGGGACGACGUUGACAGUGUGCUGGACCCAGACAACCGGCUUCACAUGACAGUGGAGGAACAGCUGAAAGAGCUGCUAGACAAGCUGGACUUUGUCACCUCAAUGCGAUGUAGUGGUGCCCGAACACGACGUAUUCGCCUGCUUCGUCGCGAGAUAAACAACAUCCGCUACAGGCAGGGCCAUCACCCCCGCUACGGCCUUCACAACGGAUACUUGAAAGAUGAGGAGGAGGAGGACGAUGAUGAAGACGCUGGGGAUAAAGACACCAAGGCAGAUAAAGGCCUUUCAUCUUCGGACAAAGAAGACUUCAAAUCCACUUCGCCCCCAACACUGGAACCUACAGGGCCAGCUCCUCCUCCACGACAGGGAGACGCACCUCUGGAGCCUCCCACACUGCGGCCAAUUACAGGGGAGCCCCUGUCCCUCAGUUGGCCCUGCAAGCGCCUGAAGAUGGACAGUGACCUCUCAGACAGCACCACAGACAACUUGAAUUGCACUAAAGCACAGGAGCAGCCUCCCAGUUUGCACAGUGAAGGGCAGGCCGUGGCCAACAGCCUGCCAGAACAUGGCACCCCCCCACGGUACAACACUGGGGGAGUCGGCCGGCGAACCGCCGUGUUAUUCAAAAAGGCAAAAAAUGUCGCUAAGCUGUCCAGAGACAGUCCCUUACUGAAUGGAAAGGGGCUGCAGGACGAGGAUAUAAGCAACACCUGUACAGCACCCAAUUCCACAGCCAGCACCCCAUCCUUGACACCAUUGUCCACCCUAUCCAACACCCCACAGAAAUCCCCAGGACCCCCAACCCUCAAUGAACAAUGGUCCCCCGGUCAAGACAUGUGCUCAGAUAGUGAACUAGAGAGGACACCAAAUCAUGCACUGGAAAGUGGACUGACCAAUGGCUUCAACAAACUCAAAGACAGUGGGUCCGACUCCGAGUACAGUCCUUGCCCAGUCCUGCACAAAGAAAUCAGCUUGCCACCCAAACAAAGCCUUGGGAAACCAGCUCUUUCUAAAGUUCCCUUCCUGGAGAUCGUCAAUGGAGACGCAGAUUACACUGGGACUGGCAGCCAAACAUCAGAGGAUGAGAUGGAACUGGAGCCUCUGGAUCUGGUUUGGGCCAAGUGUCGUGGAUAUCCCUCCUAUCCUGCUCUGAUCAUUGACCCAGAGAUGCCCGAGGAGGGCCUGCUGCACAAUGGCGUUCCCAUCCCUGUCCCACCCAAAGACGUCCUCUGUCUGGGGGAGCAGAGGCAGGAGGAGACCAGUGAGAGACUUUACCUGGUGCUUUUCUUUGACAACAAGCGGACAUGGCAGUGGCUCCCACGUGAAAAGGUGACACCUUUGGGUGUUGAUGAGACAGCAGACAAGCUGCGUAUAAUGGAGGGUCGCAAGUCCACUAUCCGUAAGUCUGUCCAGGUGGCAUACGACCGUGCCAUGAUCCACCAGAGCAGAGUGAGUCACAGCCAUGGUUUUGUGACUUCUAACUACCUGUAGAGGGUACCUGUGAGCCCUGUGUGCGCCCACAGUCAGCCACUAGGCAUUCUCUUUGGUCCUGGAAGCAGCAGGUGGGCCGAGUCCUACUGUGAGUCGAGUUCGUAUUCACACUGUGGUCUGAAGAAGUUGCCAUGGCAACACAGCAUCUUGGCCUGUAGUUCGUUACCAAACCACUAAUGUGUGACACACAGUGCUGCGGCGUUGGCCUUCUGGUAUCGUUGCCGAGGAUGCGGAGCUCCAGAUGUGAAUGAAGUGACCUUUAGUUCCCAUGUGGCUGCAGUGAAAGUAUUAAGUCCCUUUUUAGGGGUGUCUCGAGGUAUCUGCUUACCACAUGGAUGUGCUGAGGCUGUUGAGUAGAUCAAAUGCAAUAGAAUUCCCCUCUAUUUUGAAUAAUGCUACUGCCAAGGAAUCAAAUAGUCAGAAAAGAGAUUUGACAUAUUUAUGUGAACUGGAGAAGACGAAUGAAUGGAUCACUGCCAUCUUUUAUACUAUAACUUUUUACAUUUUAAUCUUAUACAAAGACACUUGUAUACGAUAAAGGCACACUUUGUGUACAUAUGUAUAUGUAUUAUCAAACUCAAUUUAAUUUAAUGUUGCCAUUUUGAAACGCGUAUUUCAAUCAGCCCUCAAGGGGCAAAGCGAGGCUAUGUAUAGUUGGGGAGCUAAAAGAAUUCCCGACUCGCUACAGUGUACUUAGCUUGUCUUUGCUGUACUUUGAUUGUGCUCUACCUGUACAUUCAGAGCAUGCGACACAAUGAGCUUUGAUUUAUAUCUGAAUUCUCUUUUUGAUACAGAGAGUAAUUUAUUUAUGGAAGACAGAACUAUAGAAAUAAAACUAUAUUGGUUAAAGUUGAGAAUUAAAUUUUAUUUAAAACAAAUGGAGUGAGAUUUUAAAACCAUACAGCCAACAUUUGAACAGAUGCGUUCACGUUUGGUCUGAUGUCGAUGGCAUUACUCAGAACCAACCACCAUUAUUCACUGUUGACCCCCAGAAAAUUUUAUUUAUUGUUGAGCCCCCCAUAUUAACAAAUGGAAAGCUAAACCUUUAUAAGCUUGUACUACCUGCAUAUUUUACCUGCUCACCAAAUAUUUUGUCUGAAAAAUUAUUUUCUCAUUUUGGGAAAUGAAUACUCUAUUAAAAACCUUUUGGGAUACUUAA